GAAAAUGUAGAGACAUACGGAGGGGUUAUGAACAUCUUUAAAGGAAUUUUAUUGGCCUAUUUGUAUUUAUCAUGUCAAACUAGGUCAAAAAUAUCAUCACUUGUCUACCUUUGUUUGAAUCAAGUGUCCUUUUAAAAUUGUUUCCUAAUUCUGUUCCCAUUUUUAGAUAAAACAUUUCAUAGAACAAUUUCUGUGCGUUUCCUCUCAUUUAGAAUUUUAGCGGCCGAUGUGCAUGUCAGUAGAGCAGCGCCGCUCAUGCACGUGACUGCCGACGAGACUCGUUGAAUCUGUAAUCAAUAAAACCCAGAAGACUUAACUUCGUAAUGGAAGAAUCUGAUCCAGCGACAGUUGCAAUCAUUUUUGGUACAGCCAUUUUUGCGAUACCGAUCGCGAUGUGGCUGAUCAGUAAAUGUCAAUCCAAAAGCAAAAGUAACAUAAAUUCAGAAAGACGUACUCACGCACCUUGUAGUAGUCUGACGUGCAACGUUUCGGAGUUCAGAGCACGGUCUGAUGCAACGACACAGAGGUUUACGCCAAGGAAUGAAGUUGGUUCAAAAUACAACGAAUGGAGGGAGCCAGUGUUUGAAGUCGGCUUAGGAGACGCAGAUAUCAGCAAAUAUUUCCAAGAAAACAAUCUACACAUAAGUGAAUCUGAUUGGCAGGAAAGUCGCCAAAUUAUGGACAAAGUAGUAAAAAUCAUAGCACGUGAAAUGAAGACUGCAGCUGCCAUCCAAUUCCCAGGACUUGUUUUGGAAGAAUCAUUAAUAAAACAAGGUAGUUCUAGGGAGGGGUUAAAGGUUUGUGAUCCACUAGAGUUUGAUUUCAUUUUACCAUUUCGCAUUGAGGGCGUACGGAUGGUGGAAACAAAGGCCUUUAACUGUUACGGAAAUCCUCUUCCUGGUCUUUUCAAACAAAGAGUUGUUAGCCAUUACAAUCUUCCAUCAUGGAUGAUGAAACACGAUUUACUUAAAGACUGCAAUGGCGACAGAUAUAUUAACACCAGCAACUUUCAUAGGAAAGUAUUCACUUCUCUUUUUGAUCAGUCAGAAGUUAAACUUAAUCAACAAUUUCGAAGCUUGACGGCGCUUUCAUCAGACAGAUGUAGAGUUGUUCGAAGUGUACGUCCUCCUACUUUGAAAAUUCGUAUAAAAGAUAACAUUGAAUUAAAGAGACUAGGUCAAUAUGCAGUUGUGUUACAGAGUGCCAGUGGUGAAAAUGUUUCAAGAAUAUCUGUUGAAGCUGAUUUGGUACCUGGACUGUGCUUAUCAUCAGACACGGUACCAGAUCCGUACACAGUGCAUGAUUUUCAUCAAUGCCACAAAGUAGAGUCUACAAUCUCUUCAGAUGAACAGAUGCCAUGUGAAAGGUAUGGGGUCAUGAAAUAUGUCAAUAAAGGGAAAUCAGAUAUCCCAGAAAGCGAAAGAGAAUUUUUCUGGCGAAAUUCAACCUGUGGAUAUGAAAAACACAUCCUUGAUGUAGCUCGCAGAAACCAAAGUCAGAGGUAUGUGAUGACGGCAUGUAGAUUACUGAAAGGAGCAUUGCUUGAGUUUCAACCGAAUUCGACCAAUCAGCUAGGGAGUGUUGUAAAUUCCUACCAUCUCAAAAACAUCUGCUUUUACUGUAUCUUAUUUUUGACAAUACCCAGCAAAGAAAAUACUCUUUCUGGUGUAAAGGAGGCGUUGGGGUAUUUUGUGAAAUAUCUUGAGCUUAGUAUUGAAGAAGGGUACCUACCGCAUUUCUUUUACGGAAAUCCAUACAUCAACAUCAUGUUCCUUGGGAGCCCAUUUGAGAAAGAAGUUGAGGCAUACAACCUCUUUGCAUCCAAAGAUCCAGAAACUAUGCACCAAGCACGGUACAGCCUGUCACGGUUCUUACAACCACUGAGUGGACUUUAUAUGAAGGAAUGGAUGCUAGAUUCCGACAAGAUUAGAGUAUACAGGGACCUAUUAUUAAUACAUGAGUCACGUGUAUAACUGUAGUAGAUGACGUCAUCAAUCUUCAUGGUAUAGAAAUUCACUUUAAUUGCUUUUUCGUGAAGAUACAUAUUAUGGACGUGCAUUCAAUAUUCACACCUAGAAUAUAGAAAUUCUUUAAUAAAAAUCAACAGACAACUGAAAGUUGUUUUGAAGUCUUAUGAUGCAUAGUUGGAAAGGACAUGAUUAUAAACACACUUCUAGUUAACUCGCCUGUAAUUCAGAGUGAUAAGAGUAUGUUUUAAAACAAAAUGAAGUUGUUGGGAUCUGUGCAGUUGAACGCUACUGACGUUACACUAAUUACAAUCAUUUUAACUUCGACGAAACACUUAUAGCAAGCUAAUUAUCGUUUUGGGGGGAGGGGGUCUUUCCGAAAUUUCGUCAAAUUGUUGCAUCGUUGGAACCGAGAGUGUUCUCUCCGUUACAGUGUACAUGUAAAGGAGAGAAAACCCAUGGGUUCCGACAAUGUUAUAGAUGGGAAAUCAUAAUAAUUACAUAAUAUAUCAUUAUUGAAUAAUUUAGAGCUUUCUGUCAGAUAGCUGAGAUUCAACAAAGUAGUAAGAAAAACGACCGUUGAAAGUAGAUUUAAGCAACAUUUGAUUUUUCAACAUCAAACAAUAAUUUUUACAAGUACUGAUAAUCUUGUUAUUAUGAAAGGUGAAGAUCACGAAUAGUGAUCAAUCUGAUAACUUCUAUAAGGAACACAAAAUAGAGAGUUGGGCAAAAACGGACCACUGGACAUACCAGAGGUGGGAACAGCUGCCUAAGAUGAGUAAGCAUCUCCUGCAUGUCGACCGGUCACACCUGCCUUGAGCUCUAUAUUUUGAUCAGGUAAACAGAGUUAUCCGUAGUCAAAAUCAGUGAGGCAAGAACGACCUAACAAUCGGUAUGAAACAAGUUGGACAGCGUUUGACCCAAUGAUAGGGUGUAUUGGCAUACUAUAUCGUUAUGACGACCAUAGACUUUGCAAAAUGCUGACUUUAAACGAGACUGUUGAAAUCCCUGCACCAUUAACUUGUUCGUCAGUAGCCUGUCUCGAUUUAAAAAAUGGUAUAUUCCAUGACAUAUAUUUUAAUACUCCAUAUUUUAUCGAUGUUUACACGACAUAGUUAACAAAUUUUUCACUCGUAUCAUCGUCACUAGAUGUGGAUUUGAUUCCAGUUUAGAUUUUCAUGACAUGCCUUGACGUACCUAUGUGUCUGUGAAUAUCAUAUAAAAGUCAAUAAAGUUGUGGUAUUUUUUUCUCAUACCAUA